UUUCCGUCAUGCGCAAAGAAUAAAAUCAACAAUGGCAUCGGGAGAAAGAGAAUCAAUCCUUGCGGACUUUCAGGCAUGCACGCAAUUAGAUGAUAUUGAAACAUCAAUUGCAAUUUUGGACCAAAAUGAUUGGAACCUUAUGCAAGCAGUACAGAGUGUGCUCAGUAGUGCAGACUCCCCAACAGGUCCUGGGUUUGCCACACCACCUCAAGCUAAACCCCCGGGGGAGGACCAGUUCUUCAGCUCUGGUAUAUUUAGCGACCCAGUUCCCUGGAGAUCUGAGGCCAACGUUAUGGACUCAGCCUCGAGUUACGACCCAGGGUCAGCCUCUGGCGCUGGGCUUGGAACUUCCUCCGGGGCGGGGCUAAGUUCCAGGGGGACGGACAAGAGGAUGCUGCAUUUCAAUGUGGAGUACAGGAACAGAAAUGUGGACGUAUUUAUGCAAGACACAGACACAGUUGCCCAGAUCAAAGAGGCACUGAGUCAAGACUUAGGAAUACCUGUCGGCAAACAGGAACUGAAAGGCUGGGCCAACCGGAAAGUUACAGACAAUGCCGUAUUACGAGACCUUCAUCUGCCAAAAGAGAACACCCUAUUCCUGUUGACACCAGAUCUCAACAGCCCAGAAACAUCUGCAGGCCCAUCUGCUAGCAUGGUAGACAACCUCAAUCGCACCUACAAUCUCAAGAUCACUAAUCGUGACAAUGGUCAAUACAACCAGAUCACCCUGAAGUUUUCCGGCACAAAGACGGUAAAGGAGGUUAAACAGGACGUGUUUAGCAUCUGUGAUAUCCCAGUACGACACCAGGUCUGGACAGGGUGGCCAGAGAAUGCUACAGAUCCUAAGCAGAUAGGAGUGAUCGGCCUGUCAUACCCCAGUCACAUGUUGGAGCUCACACGAUCCAACUUGGCCAGUAAACCAAGAACUGCUCAGGAGGUUGCUAUGGAGAUAGAAGUAAGCGAGAGUGAAGAAGAAGAUGGUAGUCAUGACUGGCAUGACAGCGAUGGCGAGAUUUUCUCAAUAAACGAUGAACACGUUGCAACCAGUCGGAAGCAGACACCCCUUAUGCCAGAAUCAGUAAAAGAUGAAACAGAGGCUUUGGAGCACUUCACACGAGAGUUCAGAGAAAGAUAUGGAGAAUGUCACCCUGUGUUCUACGUAGGGUCAUUAGAUAACACAAUCAAAGAUGCCCUGCUGUGCAAAGCUACAGAGCGGAAAUUACUAGCCAUCUACCUUCACCACGAUAACAGUAUCCUGGCCAAUGUGUUUUGCUCACAAAUCUUGUGUAGUGAGGGAAUAGUUAACUUUAUGACCACCAAUUUCAUUACCUGGGCGUGGGAUAUGACCCUGGAAACUAAUGCUUCAAGGUUAAUCACUAUGGCAACCCGUCAUUUCGGCAGUGUUGCAGCCAAUCAGAUACGGUCUUACAAACCAGACAAUCUCCCAGUACUGCUCAUCAUAUCUCGUGCUAGGGCUACAAAUGAAGUUGUGGAUGUUAUCAGAGGAGAUGUUACUGUAGAUGAGCUGAUGUCUAAACUCCUUAGUUGCCAUGAUGGUUUCACUCAGCAGCAACAGAAAGACAUCGUUGAGGAGGCUGAACGAGAUGCACGGGAAAGUAUUCGAACACAGCAGGAUGUAGCGUACCAGGAGUCAUUGGAGGUUGACAGGAAAAAGCGCGAGGCCAAGGAGGCUGAAGAGCGUGAACUUGCGGAGAUACAGCAGCGAGAACUGAUGAGACAGGCUGAGGAGGAGAGCAAGCGUAUGGAGGAAGAGGCACUCAAGCAGGCAAUAGAAGAAUCUUUGGCACGAGAAAUUCCUGAUGAACCCCCAGAGGGCUGUAAAGAGGUCACGUGCAUGCUGAGAAUACGUGCACCUGAGCAAGAAAUGUUGAUGCGCAAGUUCUAUGGCAAAAACAAGCUACAAGUGGUCAUAAACUACAUCACAUCGAAAGGUUUCCAUCUAUCAGAGUAUAAGCUGUUGACAACAUUUCCACGUAGAGAUUUAUCAAGUGAAGAUAUCACAAGAACUUUAGAAGACCUGAGAUUGUGUCCACAAGAGACUUUGAUCUUGGAAGAGAGAACAUAAAAAUUGUAGAAUUAGUUAGUGUUUGUGUCACUGAGUAUCAUUGUAAAUCAUUAGGUGUGUUUAGAGGUCUGCUAAUGUUUACCAUUGCUCAGUAUGGUGCCCCGGUGGUACCAAUAUUCCCUUAAGUCUGGCUUCAAUGCUGUAGAUUGUUAAAACUUUGUCAGGGUUUUAUUUUCUGGUGCUACCAAUAAUCCGAUAAGUGAUGGCUUCAAAGCUGUAGAUUGUUAAAACUUUGUGAGGGUUUUAUUUUUCCGGUUGUUCUACCGAUAAUAUUCCAGUGAGUCGUGGCUUCAGAGCUGUAUAUUGUUAAAUUUUUGUGAGGGUUUAUUUUUUCCGGAUCUACCAAUACGACAAGUCAUGGCUUAAGUGCUGUAGAUCGUGUAAACUUUUGUGAGCGUUUAAAGCUGCACUCUCACAGUUUGAACGAUUUGACAUUUUUUUUUAUUUUUUUGUCUAGGAACGAGCCAAUUUUUGCGAAAACCAAUGGAAUCCAGCUUCUUAAGACUGCUGACAAAAAUUAAGAUCACAGAUUUUUAUAUUUAAGUUAAGAAACUGAUGUUUUAUGCAUUUUUCUUACACCGUUAGUAACGGUUAAUUCUAACUUAAUUUUUGAUCAGAAAUAUAAGAAUCUGUGAUCUGAUCUUUUUUCAGCAAUCUUUUAUCAAUAUUUGCAAAUAUUAACGCAAAAAAUUGCUCGUUCCAAGACAAAAAUAAAAAAGUUGUAAAAAUGAUAAAACUGUGAGAGUGCAGCUUUAAGUCUUCAAUGAAGUUCAUGGAUAAAAAUCUAGCAAAUAUUUAUUUAUUGAUGAUUGCCCAUGACUAAUGUCAUUGAGAAUUUUAAAUGUUACAAUGGAAACGGAGGGACAAGCCUUGAUUAAAAGAAUGAGGCAACUUAAAAAGAUCUACGGUUUUAAAAUGUGGUGAAUUAGAUUAUCCCUUAUAACCCAUGGUAAGGAAUGGCAGAACUCUGAACACAUCAAUUAAAUGUGAUUGUGUCGUAAAAAUGAUUAAGUAUACAGCAUAGACUGUCUAAACAAUCACAAUGUCAUUGAGGGAGAGAUAAUGUGUUACAUUACACUCAUUGGUGAAAAUUUAUUAUGGACGAUCGUGGCUAUUUACAUGCUCGUACAUUACAUUGUUUUGUUAAGCUCUGAUAUUAAUUCUAUGUUUAAAAAGUGAUAAUGUCGAGUAUGGAAAAUAGAAUGUCAGUUCUCUUUCAUGUUGAAUUAAAAUAAUGUAGAUUGUUUUCAUUUUGUUUGGUCCUUUUUACGAAUUAAGUUCAGUUUAAAGAUACAUUCUCACAGAUUGGCCAUUUUGACAUUUUUUUUAUUUUUUUCUUGAAAUGAGCAACAUUUGGGGUAAAUGUCUAAAUAACCAGUAAUACAAGAUUGCUGACAAAAGAUCUGAUCGUUUUUCAUAUUUACAUUCAGAAAUUGAUGUUUAAUAGCUAUAAGCGUUACUAUCGCUUUAAGAAGAAUCAUUUUUUGGCACUGUUUUCUAAACAAUUGAGAUCUGUUCUAUUGUGAGUUAUCUUAUAUGACUGAAUUAAAAACAUUGAUACCAAAAUUAGAGACAAAAACUAAAAAAAAUGUCAAAACUGUCAAUCUGCUAGAGUGCAGCUUUAAAAUCAAAAGUCCCAAAGCCAUUGUUUUAUGUUGGCAAAUUUCUGAAAAAUGACCUUUUAACUUAAUUUGAAUUUGUGGCCUUAAUUGAUUUGUAAAAAUCAUGAUUAUUAAACUCACCAUUCACAAAAUUCAACCAAUGUACAAUUGUUUAAAUGAUGUUUUCUUUUCUGUAAAUCUAUGGCCAGUUAAAAUCGACAAAUUCAUUUCUGUUUGUUUUGAAUCUUCAACUCCGACAUAGAAAAGAUAUUUUCACAAUUCUUUCAAUUUUCUGAAAGAAAUCAUCAGGGUUGAACAAAUACCUUGAUUAUUCACAUGGAAAGCAAACUAACUACUUUCCCAUGUUCUUGUACAUAAAAAUCAGUGAUGAUCUUUAUUAUGUGAAAUUUGUAAUAUUUCAAUGCAAUUAUUAUGAAAUGAAAUAGUCUCGUUUUUUCAUAAACAAAUAGUUCAAAUGUUAAGACCACUUAAAUCCACAAUAGCAUUAGAUUAGCUAGUUAUUGGGCAGUUUGUUCAAAAUUUUGUUAAAGUUAACAACAUGAUUUAUGACAUCGUUGUUAACUUGUUAAAUGUAAAAUAUUUUAUGGUGUGCUCAUAUUUUUAAAUAAAACUUGUACUGCUAAAACAGUUAUCUUCAGUAUUGCGAAUCAGAAGUUGAUCCAUGAGAAUCACGGAGCUUCGAAAGGUUUGAAAGUUAACGACGAUGAUGUUAACAAAGUUGUGAACAGUCAUCCCAUUGAGUGAUAACGGAUAAUUUAUUUUGUUGUAUUUUUUGUUGUGUUACCUUGUUAUCCAAUAUUGGAUUUGUUAGUUAUUAACAGUGCCCUGUAAAUAGAACCCAUAAGCUAUGGAGACCCCCGUUAUGAUAGCCAAGUUCCAUGCAUUUAACAAUUGUCAUGAUGCUUAUUCCGAUUAAAGCUGCACUUUCACAGAUUGACAGUUUUGACUUCUUUUUGUCUUAUCUGAUUUUUGUAUCAUUGCCUUCAAUUCAGUCAUUUAUGAUAACUCGCAAUAGAGCAGACCGCAAUAGUUCAGAAAACUGCCGAAAAACUCUUCUUAAAACCUUAGACACAAAACAUCAAUUUUCGAUUGUAAUUAUAAAAAACUGCAAUCUGAUAUUUUGUCAGCAGUCUUAUAUCACGUUUUUAGAUAUUUGCACUAAAAUUGGCUCUUUCCAAGACAAAAAAAUAAAAGUUGUCAAAACGGUCAAUCUGUGAAAAAGCGGCUUUAAAACCGUACUUGAUAAUAUCCUAUUUUGUUUAACACAAAUAUACUGAAUCUAACUCCAGGCUUCACUUUUUGUUCAAGUUUAUCACAUGACCAUAAAUCUCUCAAUCAGUUUAAAAGUUAUGAAUAUUUAUGGUGGCUUUGGCGUCAUGUCGUGUCAGGUCAGUUUGACUUGUUGGAACUCACUUUAAGAUCCCCAUUUGCCAGUAUUUUGUUACAGCUCUAAGUGAAUACUUUUUUAGCAUUUAUGCAUGCAAAUAGUAAAAUACAUUCGCAUGGUAUUGUUGAAAACUUCCCUAGACUAAUGGCUGUUUUUUUACUCAAUGCUGCGCCAUAUCUCAGGACUUGAAUGCAAAUACAACUUAUCUUAGAUCCUCGUUUUAUGAUAAGUAUGUGAUGUUGUGAUGACAGAGGUUACCGCAUAAGCGCCUUUCUUAAAGCUGCACUCUCACAGAUUGACUAUUAAGACUAUUUUGACAACUUGUUAUUUCUUUAUUGUGGAAUUAGCCAAUUUUUGCGUAAAUGUCUGGUGAUAAAAGAUUGUUGACAAUUAAUAUCAUAUUGCAGUGUUUCAUAUUUAUGUUCAAAAAAUUAAUAUUUAAUUACUUACGCAGCUUUCCAAAAAUUGAGAUCUGUUCUGUUGUGAAUUAUCCUAUAUGAAUGCAUUGAAGGCAUUGAUGCCCAAAACAGCUGAUACAAAAACUAAAAAAAUUGUCAAAACUUUCAAUCUGUUAGAGUGCAGCUUUAAGCAAUGGCUUGAUUUUCAAUAGCUCUUUGGUUAAAAAUAUAAUAAGUUAACAAAUAGAAAAAGAGCAGCAGCAAUUGUAUAAUAGUUGGAUAAGUUGUCCACAGGUUAUGUUUUCACUAGUUGAUUCAUUAAAACAAUCUGAUUGGUUAGUAGUUAUCAUUGGAUAAAUAUUGACCAAUCAAUCAUUUUUUGGAUAACUUUGACCAAACCAAACAUUUAACCAGUUUUAUACAAAUGACUGCAGGGAAGUUAAUGCUUGGGUCCAGAAUGUCCAUAAGGCUUACUAGUAAAGUAGCUGGCUAUAAUUGUACCUAGUCAAGAAAGAAAGUAAUGAAACUUGGUCUACUCAUUGAGAUUUCACUUCUUAAAAUGCUUAGUUUGAAGUCACUAAAUUGAUGAUGUUAUUUCUUGAUGAAUAUGUGAUUUGUAUGUGUGUUUCAUUCAAUGCAGAUCUUUUAUAUGUCUCCUUUCAUUUACGAAAAUGUAAACGCCAUGAAAUGUGUAUUAAUACUAGACCUUUUUUAUAAUAAAAUUGUUGAAGCA